GCGGAAGCAAACUUAACAGCGGGAACAGCAACAACACGAGGAGAAAAGGAAAACAAGAUGGGGAAGCCGAAGGCAAGAAAUAUAAAGAGAAAACAAAAAGUCAAACCAGAAGAUAAUCCUCAGGAUGAAUUUUCUUCAGCAGAUCAACAGAUGGGUGAUGGUGAUAACUCUGGUAAGAGUAUCAUGGAUAAUCCAAUAACAAAAAAUAAGAUAGUGACAGAAGAUAUUAAGAUCAGCCAUACACAGACAUCAAAAGUUAUGAAAAAGAAAGAUAGAAGAAAGAAGAGAAAAGAAACAUUGCUAGAAAAGGUUAAGUCAUCGGGGUCCCUAAAAGAAAGAUCAAAGAAAGCAAAAGAAAGAUCACAAGUUGCUAUUGUUGGGGAUAUCCAACCAUUGAUGGAUGCACUUCCAGAAAUACCAGCACCAAUUGCAACUGCUAGCAACACAACAAACCAAAAAGCAAAUCUAAAGUCAAAGAACUGGAAUGAUAAGAAAUGGAGAACUAAACGAAAAGAAGAGUUGAAUGACAUAAAUCUAUUUAAAAAGGUUCUUCAGCUACCGGAUUAUAAGAAAGACCCACUUGUUGCAAUUUCAAAUCAUGUUGAGUAUAUGGUAAAAGGCGAUCUGGUUUAAGAUUGAAAACAAUAUUCAACCAUAUUUGAGGGCAUCCAUCACUAUGUACAGAAGACAAGUGAAAGACUCCUAGCACCUCUAAUUGUUGUGUGUAUAUGAGAAAUCUAGUCCUGGAUUAAUCAAGGUGUGAUUGGAGCUGGUCGAUAGAUGGAAUGGUUCACUAUACCUUAUGAACUGAAAACACAAUGUUGCGCUACAUUUGUUGCAAAAUAUAUCAACUUAACUUUAAUUCUAUUAUCUUGUAUUAUAGAAUGAAAUAUAAGAGCUAUGAAAUGUUUA